CGCGCUCUAUUGCUGUCUCUUUCCGCCCGCCUGCUUUGGGGGUGCUGGGGGGUAGGGGGGGAGAUGGAUCCGAAGGCGCUGCCGGCCGCCACGCUCCGCAGCUGGGAACGCGAGCAGGCCGGGCUGCGGGCCGCCGUGGUGCCGGAGGACACGGAGAGAUGGCAGCGGGAGCCGGGCUGGGCCGGACUGCGGCGGGUGGGCGGCGUGGAUCUGUCGUACGGCAGGGAAAACGACGGCAGCGCCUGCGUGUCGCUCGUCGUGCUCAGCUAUCCGGGCCUCGAGGUACCGCUGGGGCGGGGGCACGGAGUCACGUUGGGGGUCGAGAGGAGGAGUUAAGGCCGAGCGGCGUUCGGCGUGAGCUGCUGGGAUGCGCUGCGCGCCUCCGUCAGCCGUGCUCGUCCUUAAAUCUGGGGGAGAGAGCUGGGACGGCGCGUUUUGUGCUGAGAUCUAGAAGGCGAUGCCGUUACGAAGUGCUGAGAGUAAAGGAUGUGAACCAGAGGUGUCUGCAGCCGGGAGCUGCCCAGCAGGCGCCUGCAGGUUGCCGCGUGCUGUCUCGCUGUGCUCUUCAGGUGCUGUACGAGGAUUGCCGGAUGGUGGCCGUCAAUGCCCCGUACGUGGCAGGAUUCUUGGCCUUCCGAGAGGUCCCUUUCAUGGUGGAAGCUGUUCAGAGGCUUCAGCAGGAGCAGCCCGAGCUCAGACCUCAGGUGCUUCUUGUAGAUGGGAACGGGCUGCUCCAUCAGAGAGGGUUUGGCGUUGCCUGUCAUCUGGGAGUCCUGACAGAUCUGCCGUGUGUUGGAGUGGCCAAGAACCUCCUGCAUGUGGAUGGCUUGGUCAAGGAUGAGCUGCACAAAGAGCAGAUUCGUUCCCUGCAGAAGAAAGGAGAUACUUUCCCUCUGACGGGCACCUCAGGGGCUGUCCUUGGUAUGGCCCUGCGAGGCUGCAACAACAGCUCUAAACCCCUGUACAUCUCAGUGGGCCACCGGAUAUGCCUGGAGACAGCUGUGCAGCUUGUCAAGUCCUGCUGCAAGUACCGGAUCCCAGAGCCCAUCCGCCAGGCUGACAUCAGAUCGAGGGCGUACAUUCAGAAGCAGAUGUGUUCCCCCCCAGCAGUUGUACCUUCCAGGCUAAAGAGGAAAGAGAGGGCUGAGCUGGAGGAAAAAUCUCAUUCUGGAAGAGGCGAUGAAGGUGAAGACCUUCCUCAUUGAAUCUGCAGGCUCUGGUGGUGCAGAGGCAGCAGCUGUGUGCCACCUGGGGCAGAGCAGCACGUGGCUGUGGUCAGCCCAGCACCAGCAGUGGUGCUGCACUGUUCUGGCAGGCACAGAUCAGCCGCUGUUAAAUUUGUUACUUGACCUUUAGAGUAUAUUUUUCAUUAUUUUUAAGCACUGUAAAUACAUACAUUUACUUGUAAUUUUGCUACAACUUCCUUGAGUACUCUGGUUGUUGCAGGGA